CGCGUUUUGGAAGGUUUGUCCCUCGACGAACACCAUCGCCGUUAAAGACGAAAACAAAGCUGCUCCUCUCGUUGUGUAAAACAUGUGAAAUGUCAGUUUUACGCAGAGGUAGAGAGUGGGAAAUAUCUGAAUCUGAGGAGAGUGAUGCUGAGCAAAAAUUUGGUUUAAAUCGCGACGAGAGGAGCAAAUCUCUCACCGCGUCACAAGCUAACAGCAAUUAUGCAGAAACGCAGAGUCCUGCGCGGAAACGCCGCACCAAGGAAGAGAUAGAAGCGGAGAGGCAGAGAAUUAAGGCGAGAAAAGAGGCGAGAGAGAGACAGAGGGCAGUUAAAGCUCAGGAGAAGGAGGAGAGGAAGCAGGAGCAGCAGAGGAGGAGAGAAGCUGCCGAGAGGGUAAACCAUCUCCGGCCAGAAAACUACAUCAAGCUUCUGACUGUCUGCAUUGAGCCUGCUCUUUUGCAGCUAAGUGGCUCAGACCUCCUUCUGGACUCUCUGACUGCGUUGGAGUGCAGGUUUUCCAUUCAAAGCCAGCAGAUUGCACACAGCAUCACCUGGACCAGCGACUUUGCUCAGGAGGAGGAAGGUUGGACCUCUGUGGAGGAAGAUCAGAUUGUUCUGGUUCUGACUCUGAAUGACUUCUUGGAUAUCGUGAUCUCAGUAAAAAAGAUGUUGGACAAUCAAGCGGAGAAGAAAUGGACUGUCCCUCAUCCUCUUUUGGAGUGUCUCAACCAGAAUCCCAUGAAGGUGGUGACAAUGUUGGUGAUGGAUGAUGAGGAAGAUCACAGGACAAAAGCUCAUGGGGGGCAUUUUCCUGAGCAAAUGCUACGAUCCAAACUGGUAAUGGAGAACCUGGACGCAGAGGAGGUUGUUGUGUACCUCCAACUCUACCAGAACAUCUCGGUUGUGUUCCUGGACAGCUGGCAGGACGUCACUGACCAUGUGGGCACCAUCACCAAAGCAUUGUCAAAACGUCCUUUCAAACUCCUGACGGAGCAAUCAGAGCUGCCGUUCUGUGUGGACGGUGCAUGGGCUGCUGGGGUUCGCGUGGAGAGGGAUGGCUCAGGGCUCGGUCAGGUCUGGAGCAGGCAGAUCCAGCAGCUGAACAGAAUCAGCCCUGCCAUAGCCUCCGCUGUGGCUGCAUCAUUCCCGUCUCCUCAAACGCUUCUGCAGACUUACCAGAACUUGGGAUCAGAAGUGGAAAGAAAAGGAAUGCUGACUGGACUCUUGGUGAAAACCGAAGGCAGAGAGAGGCGGAUCGGAGCCGAGAUUUCAGCCAGACUGUACCGCUGCUUCACAGCCCAGAACCCUCAACUGGUCCUGGACUAAUACGGCACAUUGAAAACCCAGGAUCAUGAAACUCCUUUUUCUCUUUGGUGCUUACAAGCCAACAAUUUUUAUGCACAUUUCUUUGGGCUAGAAAUGUAAAGAAAUAGUUGUUUCCUCAGGGUGAAACCUUCAGCUACAUUAUUUUGUUUCUGUGUGGAAAAAAAGACAAAAA